UCAUAGCAACGACCCAACUCGCUCCCUCGCGCCGCACGAUGCCCAAAAAGAAGGAGAAGAAACAAGAUGACGUCAAGAAAGCAGCGAAAAAGGAAAACUCUCCGACUGCUGCAGGUAAAAGCGGCUCCGAGGACAAAGAGAAACACCUGUACCUGAUUCAGAUGCGAUAUCUGAACGAGCAGCUGGAGAGGUACCAGCUGGAGUGCGGCCAGCAGGAGAGGCAGAAGAAGGAGCUGAACUCUCGGUACGGCGCGCUGGAGAAGGAGAAGAACGACAUCGUGGACUUCCUCAAGCGCUCCGUGCUGGAGAAGGAGGCCGAGGCCGAGGAGCUGACGGAGCGGCUGGAGAGUCGGCGGCGGGCCGCCGGCGAGGACGGAGCGGCUCUGAGGCUGCAGCUCCGAGAGCUGAGGGAGGAGCUGCGAGGCCGGGUGGAGGAACUCCACGCGGAAAACGCCACGCUCGUGGCGAGGCUGGCCGGCCUGGAGGAGUUCCAGGAGCAGAAGGAGCAGCUGACGUCCGACCUGGAGUCCCUGAGGAAGCAGCUGGCCGGUCAGGAGGAGCGACACGAAGCUGCCCUCCACAACCUGGAGAUGAACGCGCUGCUGGAGAAGAAGAGGUUGGAGGAGGAGAUGGAGGGCCACGUGGCGACCAUGGCGGCCGAAGUGCAGCACCUGGUGGACCAGAAGGUGCCGGCGACGACCAGGUCGGCCCUCCAGGAGAACGCGGAGGUCAAGGCCCGGAUCGGCCAGCUGUCGGCGCAGACCCUGUCCCUGAUGGGGGAGAACUCGGCUCUGCAGGACUGCAAGAAUCGGCUCGGCGUGGACGUGGACCUCCUGGAGGAGAUGCUCCGCGAGACGUCCCGCAAGAGCUGCGUCCGCAAGAAGGUGGCGGAGCAGCUGACGGAGAAGUGUCGGCGGCUGCAGGCGGAGCUGGAAGACGGGAGGCGAGAGCGCGAGCGGCUUCAGAGCGAACACAGCGGGGUCCUGGCCGAGGUGGAGGCCCUCAGACGGGAUCGGACCUCGCUGUCCGAGCGGCGCGCUGAAGGCGCGGCGGAGGUGAGCCGGCUGGAGGCGGAGCUACGGGAGGAGAGGAGGAGGAGGAGCAGGAUGAAGAGCAUCAUGCAGGAAGCCGCCGUGGCUCUCAGACAAGCCCUGAUGGAUGCGCGUACACACCAGGAGGAAGAUGAAGAGGAGGAGGAGGAGGAGUGGAUGGGGCUGAUGGAGAAGCUGCUGCUGGUUCUGGACCGGCCCAAACACGACCGGCUGGAGGAGCCGCUGACCUCCGACCCCUCAGCGAGCAGAGCAGUGGUGGUGAACCCGGGUCCGAGCCUGCGGUUCCAGCUGGCCCGCUACAGGCCGGGCGAUCUGGGCCUCGUACCGCGGCACAAAGCCGUGAGGCCCCUGCUCAGGAAGCCGUCCAGUCAGAAAACAGCCGGCUCCUUGAACCGCGUGGACUCCAGGAAGUCCUUCACUUGA